AUGGCGAGCUAUCAGCAAUACGUACAGCUCGGAAAGGGAGCUCCCGGCGGCUCAGCCGCUGCCGGCAACUCUUCAUACGAGAGCCAGCAAAACGACAUGGCUCCCCCACAACUCGGUGCGACCUUUGUCCCUGGUGGUUUCGACGACUAUUAUAUGCCAGAGGUCGUCGCUCCUGCGCCCCAAAGGGUAACCCCUCAGGUCCCCCAAAACAUGCAGGAGGACCUCCAGCGCAUGGAGCUCGAGGCUACUUCUGUUGAACCGCGAUCCGAAGCUGCACCUGGACCUGGACCUCGUCACACCCGCGAGCCUUCCCUCUCGACCUAUAUCAACCCUCGGGGAGCUGACCAGCCCCGGCCCCAGGCCAACGCCGCCCAGGUCUCAGACGACGAUAUUCGAGCAUACCAAUCGAGCGACGCCUACAGGACCGAGCGCCUCAGCACCAUGAACUUCGACGCCCCCUCCUUUUCGCCCUUCCCCAAGGUUAAGGGCGAUAACAUCCCCCCGACUGACGAAGAGAAGGAGGAGAUACUAUGGAACGCGCGCAAGCACGUUUUGCACUCCCAGAAUGUCUCGAUGCAGAUUACCUGGGCGCGCGACGUCCUUACCUGGGCAGACAUCUCCCAGGAGAGCCUCACGAGAGAGUAUGGCGACAGGGCCCGACCCGCUACCCCUCGCAUAGAACAUGAGCUCCGCCUCGAUGCAAUCAACAUCAUCUCCUACCUGUCACAGCAAGAGCACCCCGAGGCACUCUACAUGCGCUCAAAAUGGCUCGAGUUUGGCAAGUUUGGCAAUCGCGUUGACAAGCGUGAGGCCUAUGUCGGCUACAAGCGUGCCGCCGAGCUUGGCCACGCCCGAUCGGAAUAUCGGAUGGGCAUGCUGUACGAGCAGUCCAACGACAUGUCCAAGGCCAAGGAGCAUUACUACCGCGGUUUAUCCCUCAAGGAUUCCGCCUCGCUGUACCGAAUGGGCAUGAUGAGCCUCUUGGGCCAGCACGGCGAGACCAAGGACUACUCGACUGGCCUUGAGCGGAUACAGGCCGCCGCCGAUAGCUCUGAUGAAGACGCUCCCCAGGGCGCCUACGUGUACGGCAUGCUCAUCGGACGGGAUCUGCCCGACAUCACCAUUCCCGAGGGUCUGCUGCCCAACAACCCCCUCACGGCCAAGAUGUAUAUCGAGAAGUCAGCUUACCUAGGCUUCGCCAAGGCCCAGCUCAAGAUGGGUCAAGCAUAUGAACUUUGCCAAUUCGGCUGCGACUUCAACCCAUCAUACUCCAUCCACUACUACGGCUUGGCAGCCAAGCAGGGUCUGCCAGAGGCUGCUCUGGGUGUCAGUCGAUGGUUUUUGUUUGGAUACGAGGGUGUCUUUAAGAAGAACGAGGCUUUGGCGUACAAGUACGCUCAAGAAGCUGCAGCCGCCAAACUUCCUACUGGAGAAUUCGCUUUGGGAUACUACAACGAGAUAGGAAUACACGUUGAGAAGAGUCUGGCGGAGGCCCGGAAGUGGUACCAGAUUGCGGCCGACCACGGCAAUAAGGACGCCAUCGGCCGACUCGAGUCGCUUGACGCCGACAGGACUCUCUCCAAGACCGACCACGAGACGACCACGCUGACCCGAAUCAAGUCGCAACACGGUUCUCAGCGGGGACAACGACCCGAUCGCUUCAAGCAGCCACAGCAGAUGCCCACCCUGAGCGAGAACAGCGCCCCUGCCUCGCCUACCAUCGAUGCUGCCGGGGGCCGACAGCCAUCUCCCUCUCCUGGCUUGGCUCCUAACCAAUCCCUGGGAGCCCGGCCAACCCUCGUCUCGGAGCACGUCAACUUCCCCGAUCCCUCCCGGGCUUCCUUCGUGCUCCCUGCUGUCAAUACAGACCGACCUCCCGCCUUUAAUGUCCGGCUAGAUGCCAACCAAGGCCCGCCGCGACCUCAUUCCGCAGCCCCGUACCCCGAGGAUGAUCGACCGCCACCCCUGACCGUUCGUGCUAAGUCCACGGCGCCUUAUCCCGAGGAUGAUGUUCGGGGACCUACCUCUCCUCGAUUUAACCAAGAUCCACGGCUGGGACCUCAAGCAGACCGUCCUUCAAGCGCCUUUGGUAUCAAGCCCCAGACCGGUGGUCCUCGACCAAUGCCGGGCUCCCAGUCAAUGGGUAACCUCCAUCCUGGUGGACCCGGAGGUCCUGGAGGUCCCGGCGGUCCCGGCGGCCCUGGUGGUCCUGGUGGCCCUGGCCGUCCUGACUUGCGUGGUAGAGCUGCAUCUGCUGGAUAUGAAGGUGGCCGCCCAGGUCCUGGUGGUCCUGGUGGUCCUGGUGGUCCCGGUGGCCCUGGAGGACCAGGAGGACGACCAUCUCCUUACCCAGAGGACAACAACUUUGCCAGACCAGGCAGUGCAGCACCAUACCCCGAUGCCGGGCCUCAGGGUGGCCGACUCCAGAAGCCUCCUCCUGCUGGCCAAUACCCACCCGGGCCCCAGGGUGGGCCGGGUCAGCCUCAGAACUACGAACGCUUCUCUCGCGUGCCUGGAGCUAGUGGACGACCCGAGCGAGGAAGCUCGCUCCCUCAGAACCAGCAGCCAGGAGGCCCACAGCAGCCUCGACCACAGCCGACAGAUAUGCGCCCCGAUAUGCGGCCGCCGCGUACCUCGAGCGCUCAAAAUCGUGUUCCUGGUGGCCCAGGACCCGGUGGUCCCUCUCCAGGUCCCUAUGGCGGACCUGGCGGGCCUCAGGGUGGACCAGGAGGACCAGGAGGACCAGGAGGACCUCAAGGGGGCCCUACUGGACCUCCCAGGACUGGCAGUGCGCCGCCGUCGCAGUUCCAGAGGCCUGAUAACAAGCCUAGCCCUGCUCCUAGCGCGGCAACUGCACCGCCACCUAAGGCAGGCAAGGGCCCAGCGACGUUUGAAGAUAUGGGUAUCCCACAAGGAAAGCAGGAAGGCGACUGUAUCCUCAUGUAA